AUGUUACAGAAUGAUGGUGAACCAGAAUCCCCUAUGCAACCUCUUCCUGAUCAAACUUCUCCAUAAGAGAUUACUAAGAUUGAACUACCUGAUUAGUCAUCACCUCGUCAGCCAGAAUCCCCAAAAAUGGAUAGGGGAUCUCCUGAUCAUACGAGUCAAAUCUCAGAAGACUAAGAGGAAGCCGUUCCAGAAGAAGAAUGGUAGAAAACAAAGGAGGAAUGGUUGGCUUAAGGAAAAACAGAGGAUCCCCCUAGAUUUAGAAUACAUCGAUAGGCAGCCAGAAGAAAAUCGUUAUUGAAACUUGCCUCAGCUGGUGCUAAUGAUUACGGAGCUAUUUACGUGAGAAAAUAAGUGUUAGAACACUUGGACUCCUAUGAAGUUGAACAAUGGUAGUGGAAGAAUGAUCCUCAUGAUAUUUUAUCUAUUAAUUUUAUGUGUAAGCAUGGAUAAGCGAAUUUGUUUGCUUGGAUGACAGAAUAAGGAAUUUAAAUGAGUGAGACAGAUCCACCUAGAUUAGAACCUGAUGCAUUUGAUCCCGAUUUUGUGUAUUUUUUGAAACUGCCACACCCAUAAGAUGUGAUAAUAAGUGAGGAAAAUGUUGCUGAGUAUGUCAGCGAUGGUGUUAUCAAUAUUAAUUACUUGAAGACAUUAUUGAAAUAAAUGAAUGCUUAAUUCAUACCAUAAUUUAUUUAGGACUCCUCUUGGCCUGAAAAUGUAAAAAAAGAGUUCUUGGCUCAAUUACAUAAAUUCAUGGCAACUCUUACUGAGUAUUCCUUCAGUCAAGAAGGCAUUACUGAGUUGUAUAUUCCAAAUGAAGACUUGAAUAAUAUUGAGUAAGCUUCUCAUGACAAAGACUUGUUGUAAAGAUUAGAGGCAAUCUUAUUACAUUGGUAGAGAUAAAUCAAAGACAUUGUGAAUAAUUAAGAAUUGGCUAUUGAGAAUGAGAAUGCAGGUCCACUUGAUGAGAUCUCUUAUUGGAGAUAAAGAAAAAAUAAUUUAUCGCACAUUCAUGAAUAAUUGGAGAAACCAGAGUUGAAAAGAAUCAUCCAAAUAUUGAGUGAUAGUCAAUAUGUCUAGAGCUUCAAGGAUGUUACUGAGAAUAUCAAAUUGGGAUCCAGUUAAGCAGAGGACAACUUAGAAAAUCUAAAGAUUCUGUAUGAACCUUGCAAAUAGUUGGAGACAGCUACACCCAAGGAGAUCCCAGAAUUACUCCCGAAUUUGUUAUUCAGAGUGAGAUAUAUCUGGGAGAAGUCUAGAUACUUUAAUACUCCAGAGAGGAUUCAAGGAUUGAUCCAUAAAAUUUCAAAUGAGAUUAUUAAGAGAUGCAAGUCUAGUAUCAAUAUCAAUGACAUGUUGGAUGGUGAUGUGGAGAAAUGCAUUUAAGAUUUGAAUGAUUCAAUUGAGUGUGGAGAACAAUGGAAGAAGAUUUACUAAAGAAUGUCAGUUGCAAUUGAGAAGAUGUCAUCAUUGACUAAAGGACCUAAAUGGGAUUUCAAUAAUUCUAUAUUUGCUUAAGUUGAUGCCUUCAUCUCUCGUUGCAAGGAGUUAUUGGAAAUAUGUGAAGGAUAAUUGCAAUUUGCCAGAAAAGGAGCUGGUAGUCACAUUCCACAAUUUGGAGGCAGCAAAGGUCAAGAGAUUGAAGAUAAUCUUGAAUAAAUAAAGGAUAGUUUUGCUAAGCAUUUGAAACCAAUCAGAGAUAUUCGUAAAACUGAUAAGGAUAAGAUAUUAGAUGUGAAAGCCUCUAAGUGGCAUGAUGUCUUUAAUGCAUUUCGUAAUGGAGUAAAGGAUUUGGAUGUUAUGUACACCAAUAUUAUUAAUAAUGCUUUUGAGAGUAUGACAACAGUUCAAUAAGGAGUUGAAUUAUUGGAAGCUUUUGAUUAAUUGGCUAAAAGACAAUCGAUCAAGAGGGUAGUUCAAAAUAAGGCUAUAGUAGUCUUAGAAUUAUUCAUCUAAGAAAUUGAUGCAACAAAACAUGAAUUCGAUAAUAUUAAGAAACUAUAGUAUUACCCUUUACAACAUGGCUCAUUUUCUGGACAGGCAAUUUGGGUUAAUUCAUUGAGUCAUAGAAUCAUGAGAAUGAGAUAUUGGAUUGAUUAGAUGUACUUCAUUGAUGACUCGAUUAAGAGAACUGCAAUUGAGAAAUUUGAAUAGUUGUCAUCGAAUUUGAAACAGUUUAUCAUAGAAUCCAGGCUGAAGGAAUGGAAAGAAGAUUGUAAAGAUCUGGAAGACAUAGUUUUGACUACCAGAUUAGACAAGUAGGUAUUAUUGAGAACAGAUGAGAAACAUCCAGAUUUCUAAUAUAAGAAGGAGUCUUUGAGACCUAAGAUUGGCCAUUUAGAAAGCAAUUUCGAUAGACAACUGUUAAAAUUGUUGCAUGAGACUUCAGCUUGGUAGAAAUUGAUAGCUGUUGGUGUUGUGAUUCCAAGUUAUGCUAAUGAUUUUACUUAGAAUCACAAGGAGAGCUUGAGAGUGCUCAGAGAGUUGGUGAUGUUAGUUGUCAGAGAAUACAACAACAUUAUUGACUAUAUGACAGAAACUGAGAAGAAAUUGUUUGCUCAACAUUUGGAGACUGUCAAUAAGGUAAUAUAACCAUUGGCAUCCCGAUUGAGAUGGAGUGCAAAGACAAUCAUUGAUAGUUAAGUUAGGGAUUGUCGUAGAGCUUGUUAAGAGAUGUUCUUGAAAUUGAAGAUGUUUAAGACCAAUAUGGACAAGAUAGAUGGUAAAUGCAAUGAGAUUGCCAAUAAAUUGUUGAUAAAGAUAGAUCGUAAGAAGCAAUAUGAUCACAAGUCCUUCGAGGAGGAAUAAGAGAAACAUAGAAGAGAUAUGUAUUAGAAGUUGAAAUAAAUAUUUGAUGAAAUAAGGAAGAUAUUGUCUGAGACUUAUGAUCCAUUUCUAUUUGAUAGGAUUGAGGUCUAAACAGUUUGGUUGAAGUAGGUGAAGUCUAUUGAUUACAAGAUCAAGGAGAGUUAUGAGAAGGCAGUAAAGAAUUCAUUGAUUGAUUUAUAAAAAGUAAUUGGUUCAGAGGAUGGUAAGAUCACUCCAGUGCCCAUUUUCAAAUUAUCAGUGGAAUUGGAGAAUCAAUAACAGGAGUAUCGACCAUCAACAAACUAUUUGAAACAGAUGGUCUCUUAAACAUGUGAAUAUAUGAGAGAAAUCAUGAAAGAUUUUAAGAGCAUGGAUGAAGUCAUGAAGGAGGAGAGAAAGAAGAAAUUAGAUGAAGCAAUCUUAUUAAAUUCUAAAGACUCCAAGAAUCCGUAGGCUUAAAAUAUUAGAAGAAUGAGUGAAAUAUCUUAAGUUUAAUAAUAGGAGUAGGAGACUUAGAUAUCAGUUAGGAGUCUAGAUAACGAACAGAAUAUCAAGAUCAAGAACGAUAGUGAUGGUUUGAUUCAGAAAAUCAAUAGUAAAUUGAGCAAGACUUGUGAUGCUUUGAAUUCAGUAGAUGCUCAUGGUUAAUGGAAACGUUACGAUUGGUAUUGGCAAUAGGCAAAUUAGAAGGAGAAAUUUAUUAAGGACAUGAUCAACAGAAAUGAUCCAAUUACUAAUAUCAAAACUCAAUUGGAAACCUUUGAUUUACAUUAAGGAGAAAUCCAGCAAUUAGAAACAACAAAAACCCAAGAUUGCAUCAUCUUGGAUAACACUUCAAUUAAAUCUACUUUGAUUGAUAUUAUGAUCUCUUGGUAGAAUGCUUUCUUGAAUGCAACUUAGGAUAAAGCAUUGCAAGAUUUGAAUUAAUUAUACUCACUAUUCCAGACCUCAGAAACAAAUUUGGACAUUGUUCCUUAAGAUUUGUAACAAUUAAAGAAGAGUAGUGAUCUUUGGAAUAAGUUGAAUGAGGAUAGACCAUCCAUUGAGGCUAAAUUGGGUCCAUUGGAAGAUAAGUUUAAGUUGUUGGAGGAUUAUUCAAUACAAUUGAAAGAUGAUGAUAUCACAAGAAAGAACAAUUUAAGAAACACUUGGGCUAAUUUCAAUGUGAUGUUGGAUAGAAUCUAAGAGAGAAACCGUAAAGUACACAACAAUUUGUACUUGGAAACUCAGAAGAAUUUGGAUGAAUUCAUCAAGGAAACUGGAGAUUACAAGAUUGUAUUUUAGAGUAAUGCUCCAUAUCAAGCAACCAAUAUGCCUCAUGAAAAGGCAUUAUUAAAUUUAAAUGAAUAUUCUGAAUAAGUUAAGCAAUAUCGUAAGAAAGAGGAAUCAAUGAAAUUUGGUUUCGAUUUGUUUAAAUUCAACUACGUUCCAUCUCCAGAUUUGGAAUUCAUGGAGAAGGAGAUUGCACAAUUAUCCUACAUUUGGCACACCAAGGAAGAAUGGGAUUAAUUUAUUAAGGAUAUUGGAAGUACAGCUUUCAGAGAUGUCAAUUGUGACAAUUUGGACGAAAUUGGUGAUGAUUAUUUGAGGAAGUUGAAGGCUUUACCAAGAGAAUAGUAGAAGUGGGAAAUUGUUAAUCACAUGAAACAAAUUAUUGAUUAAUUCAAACAAACACUUCCUCUGAUCAUCAUGUUGAGAGAACAAUACAUGAGAGACAGACAUUGGGAUAAAAUGAGAUAGCAUCUAGGAACCAACAUUGAACCAGAUAGCAAAGACUUCAACAUGGCUGAAAUAUUCAAAUUGAAUCUAUUAUCCUAUGGUGAAGCUGUUAAGGAUGUGUGUGAAGUUGCUAAGGAAGAAUUCAAAAUUGAAAAUGCUUUGGAUAAGAUUGAUUAGAGAUGGGCUAAACUUGAAUUGGAAAUGGACACUUUCAAGAAGACCUACAAAAUCAAGAAGACUGAAGAGAUUUUCACUAUUUUGGAAGAUCAUAUGGCUGUUUUGAGUGCUCAAAAAACAACUGCCUUUUAUGAUUCAUUCAAACCCACUAUUGAAAGAUGGGAGAAUUGCUUAUAACAAAUCUCAGAGACCUUGGAAAUGUUAUCUAUAGUUUAAAGAUAAUGGAUUUAUUUGGAAGCCAUUUUUGCCACUCAAGAGAAGGAAUCUGAAAAACAAUUGAUGGGAGAUAUCAAUAAGUUUGCAGCAAUCAAUUCUCAAUUAUCAGGACACAUGAAUCGUAUCUAUGAAGAUAAGAAUGUCAAAAGGUCAUUGUCAUAUGAGGGUUUCUAUUAAGAAUUAUGUACAAUGAAUUAGAAAUUGGACGAGAGUCAAAAGAUCUUGUAUUAAUUAUUGGAGAAAUAACGUAAGGAUUUCCCCAGAUUCUAUUUCUUGUCCAACGAUGACUUGUUUGAACUUUUGGGAAACUCCAAAGACGUGUUCAAAGUCAAUAAGCACAUCAAGAAAUGUUUCGAAGGUAUCAAGAAAUUCGAUAUCCUCACCCAAUAAUACUAGACUGGAAGAGCCAAAUAAGAUGUCUAUGAAGUUUAAGCCAUGGUAGCCCCAGAUGGAGAAGUUGUUAAAUUCACUACCAAAGUCCUUUGCGAUUCUCAAUUAGAGAAAUGGCUUGGUUAGGCUGAGAAGACCAUGAGAGAUGUACUCAAGAAGGAAUUUAUUCUCUACAAUGAAGGAAUGCGUUGGGUUGAUAAAUGGGUCAAGGAACAUCCUGGAUAAUUGUUAAUUACUGCCAGUCAAUUGACAUGGUCAGGUGAUUGUGCCAAUGUGUUAAAUUAGAUCUACAAUUCUGAAAGACCAGAGAAAAAUAGAGGCUGGAAGGCUAUCAAAGAUGAGAAACAAUCAUUCAUCUUGGAAUUGACUAAAUUGAUUCGUAAACCCAGUAAUGAGGUCGAUAGAUUGAAAUUGGUUGCUUUAAUUACUAUUGAGGUACACCAGAAGGAAAUUAUUGAUCAUCUCACAAAGAAUUUUAAUUAAGAUUUACAGGCACAGCAGUUAAUGAUAUAUUUGAGUGUAAGUUUUGCUUAUGGUUAUGAAUAUUAAGGUAACAAUGGUAGAUUGGUUGUAACUGCUUUGACAGAUAGAUGCUACAUGACUUUGACAACAGCUAUGCAUUUGAAAAAAGGAGGUGCUCCUUAAGGACCUGCUGGUACUGGUAAAACAGAAACAGUUAAGGAUUUGGGCAAGAAUAUGGCUAAAUUUGUAUUAGUUUUCAAUUGUUCAGAAGGAUUGGAUUACAAGAGUAUUGGUAGAAUGUUCAGUGGAUUAGUGCAAGUAGGUGGUUGGGGUUGUUUCGAUGAAUUCAAUCGUAUUGAAGUGGAAGUGUUAUCAGUUGUUGCAUAACAAGUGAGUCAAAUAAUGAAUGCAUUGAAAGAAUACGAAAAGAAUAAGGAGAAGUCAUCCUUCCAAUUGGAUUCAGAUGUGAUACCCAUCAAUGAUCAAUUUGCUAUAUUCAUCACAAUGAAUCCUGGUUAUGCUGGUAGAUCAGAACUUCCAGACAACUUGAAGUCUUUAUUCAGACCAAUUUCUAUGAUGGUUCCUGAGAAUGAAAUCAUUUGUGAAAUCAUGCUUACAUCAGAAGGAUUCAAGACUGGACAUGCUCUCUCCACCAAGAUGGUUACACUCUAUAGAUUGAUGAUCCAACAAUUGUCUAAACAAGAUCAUUAUGAUUUCGGUCUAAGAGCCAUCAAGUCUGUUCUCACCUGUGCUGGUUAAAUCAGAAGAGAUAAAUCCAAUGAAAUCCAGAAAGUCAAGCAAGAUGAGAAUGCUAGAGAGAAUUAGAAGGAAAGUGAGAUGGACGAAGCAAAUCAAGAGACCUAGAUUCUAAUGAGGGCCAUUAGAGAUAUGAACAUUCCAAAAUUUGUCUCUGAAGAUGUCCCAUUGUUUAAUGCUCUUUUCAACGAUCUAUUUCCAAAUGUUGACUUGUAAGAGUAAAUAAAUGAAACUUUGUUCAAUGAAAUUGAAACCCAGAUGAGAAAUCUCAAAUUGCAAACAAGAGUAGAACACAUCAACAAAAUCAUCUAAUUGUAUGAUUCAAAGAAUACACGUCAUGGUAAUAUGCUUGUAGGUCAAUCAUUGGCAGGCAAGACUACAUGUUGGAAAGUAUUGAAGAAUUGUUUAAAUUCAUUGAAUGAAAGAGAACCCAACAAGUAUCCUAAGGUGAAGAUUGAAGUGUUGAAUCCAAAGGCUGUUACCAUCAAUGAAUUGUUUGGUUAUGUAAAUUCUACUAUGGAGUGGAAUGAUGGCGUGUUAUCAUCCAUGAUGGCUCGAUUGUGCAAAGAUGAAACACCAGAUCAAAAAUGGAUGAUUCUGGAUGGACCAGUCGAUACACUUUGGAUUGAAUCUAUGAAUACAGUGCUAGAUGACAAUAAAGUGUUGACCCUACUGAAUGGUGAUAGAAUCUCAUUACCUCCAUAAAUGGGAUUGAUUUUUGAAGUGGAGAAUCUGGCAGUCGCCUCCCCAGCCACAGUGUCAAGAGCAGGUAUGGUUUAUUUGGACAUAAAUGAUCUCGGAUGGAGACCCUACAUUGAGAGUUGGGUUGAGAAAUUGACAGAUCCUUUGGUUUAAGAAACUAUCUUUGAAUUCAUAGAGAGAUGGAUUCCAAAACUCUUCAAACAAAGAAAGUGGUGCAAGGAAAUCAUACCAUGCAGUGAAACCAAUGUCAUUAUCUCAUUCUGUAAUUUGAUGGAUUGCUUCUUUAAGAGUGAAAAGCAAUUGUCAAUGGACAUUCAAAACAAGAGUGAUGUUUAUUGGACACUUCUUGAAAAGUGGUUUACAUUUGGAUUGGUGUGGAGCAUAGGAGCCACAGUAGAUGAAGAUGGUCGUCGUAUUAUUGACUAAUAGAUGCGUGAUAUUGAUUUGAUUUUCCCCAGUCAAAAUACUGUCUAUGAUUUCUUUGUAAACAGUGAUAAAAAUGAAUGGGCUUCAUGGGAUGAAAAGUUGGGUACUGGUCAAUGGAAACCUGAAAAUAAUAGUCCAUAUCACAAAAUGCUUGUACCUACAACUGAUCAGGUCAGAAACAAGAACAUCAUCACUAGAUUACUUAGUAACAAAAAUGCUGUGUUGGCUGUAGGAUUGACAGGUACUGGAAAGACUGUUUUAUUGAAUGGAGUUCUCCUUUAGAUGUUUGAGUACACUACUAUGAACAUUGUGUUUUCAGCACAGACUUCCUCAUAAAAGACUCAAGAAAUGAUUGAAAGUAAAUUGGUAAAGAGAUCUAAAAAUAAGAUGAUUCCUGAUGGCAAGAAAAUGAUCAUAUUUAUUGAUGAUCUCAAUAUGCCCAGAAAGGACAUUUAUGGAAGUUAACCACCUCUUGAACUUAUUCGUUAAUGGAUGGAUUAUGAAGGAUGGUUUGAUCGUACAAACAGAGAGCUAUUCAAAUUCAUUUUAGAUAUUCAAUUCGUAUCAGCUAUGGGACCUCCAGGUGGUGGUAGAGCAGAAAUCUCUACUAGAAUUCAAAACAAAUUCCAUGUCAUCAAUUUUGUUGUGCUCUCAGAUCAACAAGUCAAGAGAAUCUAUUAAUCCAUUUUGGCUUAUAAAUUUUAAGAAUUUGAGGAUGAAAAUCAAAUUACUCAUUGA